CUUGCUACACAAAACAAUUCUUACAGAACAAAGCAUUUGCCUGCUUCCUCUCCGCCCCAUGUAACAGAUGUCCUCCUAAUCCAAUGACCUAAUGAAUAUUUGUUUUGAGCGCCAAAAUUACCCUUCUCCAAGUCUUGCGGCAUAAGAUGAGAGAUGACGUCAACAAUCGGAUGGUAUGGACCGCUCAUCGAUCUCUCCAAAGCAACUUCUCACAUCGGCGACUUCGUUCAGCUUCUCGUUUUUGUUCACCGUUGCAAUCCCGUUCAGUAUAAGCUAUCAACAGGCGGUGAAGUAAUCAGGACGGACAUUCAGGUUGGCGAUGAUACGCUACCGUUUUUCUCCGUCUCACUGUGGCAAAAGCAAUUGGCAGCUAAGGCAGUUGCCGGUGAUGUCAUAUUGCUGCAAAAUGUCAAAAUCACUAAAUUUGGAUGUGUCGUUGACGCCAGAACUGUCCAGUUUUCUUCCUUAAUAUGUCUCAUCCAUCCUUAUGAUUUGCUUAUCUCAAAAGGUGUUGAUGACUUAAUGGGCGAAUCUCGAGUGGGGAAAACAACUAUGGAAAAGUUUGUGAAGGUAAUAAAAUGGGUGCAGCGAGCUGGAUCUUCUCUUCACCACAUUCGACUCAGCAACUUUGAGAAGAGGCAGCUUCCAAGGAACUGGAUAGUACCAGAACAGAGUGAACUUCGGGACUUCUUCCUGCUCUCAGAAGUAUUACACCUAAGGAAUUCUUGUAAGGCAGUCUUUAAUGCAUCUGUAGGUGAAAUUUUCCUACCAAUUACCUGGAGAGCACUUGGUGAUUCUGAUAAGGAAAAGAUGUUUGUCAGCAGAAGAAUAACCAAUGUUGAAGAUAGUAAUUUAGUGGAAGAUUUUACUUGUAUUGGCUGUCAGUUAUGUGGUUCUCCUUUGGAUUCAGAGAAUGGGCAUAUAUUCAAUCAAAACUCCAUUCCACUCUAUUGCCCGAAAAGCUCAGAUCACCUUCACGUUGUUAGCUUGAUAUAUAGGCCCCUCAUGUUGUAUGUGUGGGAUGAAUCAGAAUACCUGCCACUACUCAUAAGAAACAAGGCUGCAGAGCUCUUGUUUGGAAACAUCAAGGCUGAGAGAGUAUAUUCUUGCUAUAGAGGGCAAAAGACUGGUCAAAACUGUGAUCAGAAAAAUCAUUGCACAGAGACUAUACCUAAAGCUACUGGGAAAGCAGUGGUGGAUUCUUGCCCAUCAGGUGCAGAUGAGAGCCAACAAGUUGCGGGGAAGCACAAUCAUCAUAAAAACGUAGACUUGCACCUGGUUUGGUUGAUUGUCCUAAAGAUGCUAUUGCAACAAGGGAAGAACAGUCCUUUGAAGUUUGAAGUAACUGUAGAUACCAGUUUAGAGGUCGAAAAUGGAAGGUUUGAAAUGGUAUCUGUGUCUAUUCCUUGCAUGAGAACCAGAUAGUAAUAUUGAAGUUCAUUUAAGAUGAAAAAUGUAGAAAUUCAAAAAUGUUUUGCCCCA